ACACACACACACACACACACACACAGGGAGCUGCAGAGAUCCGGGAGCCGCUGCUCACCGUGAACAAGGAAGCGGGAGAAAGUAUCCGGAGUUUGGGCUUAGAGCAGGUCGCUGCCGGUCUGUUUCUGGAGCAGUAGACACAUUUCAGAUUUACUUUAACAGGUUGUUUAACUUCUCUGCUCAAAAACGGAAGACAGUCAUCGACAGAGAGUCUAAAGGAAACCGGGUUUUAUUUCCUCUUCAGAAGAUGGCCUCCAGUGACUCUCGGCUCCAGCAGCAGCCCUCUCAGAAGGAUGCGGCCGACCAGAACUUCGACUACAUGUUCAAGCUGCUGAUAAUCGGCAACAGCAGCGUGGGAAAAACCUCCUUCUUGUUCCGCUACGCAGACGACUCCUUCACCUCCGCCUUCGUCAGCACCGUGGGCAUCGACUUCAAGGUCAAGACCGUCUUCCGCAACGACAAGAGGAUCAAGCUGCAGAUCUGGGACACAGCGGGUCAGGAGCGUUACCGUACGAUCACCACAGCGUACUACAGAGGAGCGAUGGGCUUCCUGCUCAUGUACGACAUCACAAACCAGGACUCCUUCAACGCUGUGCAGGACUGGGCGACGCAGAUCAAGACGUACUCGUGGGACAACGCUCAGGUGAUUCUGGUCGGAAACAAGUGCGACCUGGAGGACGACAGGAUCGUCCCAACAGAGGACAGCCAGAGACUGGCAGAGGAACUAGGUUUCCAGUUUUUCGAGGCCAGCGCGAAGGACAACAUCAACGUGAAGCAGGUGUUCGAGCGCCUGGUGGACGUCAUCUGUGAGAAGAUGAACGAGAGCAUGGAGGGAGACAUCAACCUGGUGACCAACCACAGGAACCAGGCCCUUAAAGACUCGCCUUCAGAGAGCCACGGGGGCUGCGCUUGUUAAGGCAUCUUCCCCCUAUCAGCUCCUCCAACACACACACACACACACAUAACAUACAGUACAUUAAGACCUACCUUUUCUGUGCCUCAAACAUGUGAAGUGCCGCACCUCUUCCUCUCUCUUUGUCUACACAGCGCAGCAAGAAACCAAAGGAUAUCUAUCUGAGAUAAUCUUCAACAAGAAGUCCCGUCUUUCAGUCUUUUACCUUAAAGAGGCCCGCUUUCUGCCUCUGUUUUCCAACCAUCAGCGCAGUGGUGAGCUGAUAGUCAUUAUAGCCUUCACUGUCCACCCCCUAAAACAACUGCCUUGACCACCGCUGUACAUUAGUGGCUUUUUUUUUUUGAUUCAAAUAUCAGUCCAGCUAGUGAUGCCAAACAGCGUAUGGUUGAAGCUACUUAGGGCAUUCAUUGUUUAGUUAGAGAUUCAUCCAGCGUGUGCAUGUGCUUAGCCUUCAGUUGUGUACAGCCAUCUUAAAAUGUUGAAUGUCUCAAACAGGUCAAUAAGGCUUAAAGGUUAAAUAUUUUUGGAGCAGCUUGUUAGCAAAUCCUAGCAUAAAGACUGAAAAUGGCUAGCAAGGCUUUGUCCACACUGGCAGUACAAAAGCAAUCUGAGAUAAUCUUCAUCAGCCUUAAAGGGACCCACUUUCUGCCUCUUUUUCCAAACCAUUAGCUCUCUGGUGAGCUGAUAGUCACUGAAGCCUUCACUGUCCACCCCAAAUACCAACCACUUUGACCAGCGCUGAUACGUUAGCAUUUUAAAUGUACUGUUGUUAAAGGCUUCUUGUUUUGUCAAAUAUCCAACACAGUCUCACGGCAUUUUGUGUUAUAGUCACGAAAUUAAUCUAUUGAUUCGUGUUCACCAACAUGAUUUUCGCAUUUUUUUCGUGUCACACAGAACGAUUUGAAAAGCAAUGUAAAUGAUAACAAAUUUGAAGGAAAAAAAAGAGAUCUGUAAAAAUACAGAUUUCAGUAUUCUGACACAGAACGAUUUUAGAAACAAUGUAUUUCUAUUGGUAGUAUGUUUUGUGCCUGCACCAAAUAAUAACAAAUUAGAAGGAAAUUGUCUUUUUUUAAAUACAGAUUUCAGUAUUCUGAGGCAAAAAAAACUCCGACAUUAUACAAUUUAAAAUAAUAGGGUUGGGCUUAGGGUAAGAUAUUGAGUAAGACAAUUUAGUUUUGUAAAGCCACUUGAAAUGGUGAAUGUCUCAAACAUGGGCAUAUUGAACUCUGUAAAGCUGAAAGGAACACUUUGACGAUUUGGAAAAUAUGCCAUUUGCUAUCUUGUCGAGAGUUAAUGUGAAGAACAAUUCCACACUAAAGUCUGUAGGCCUAUGCUAAAAUGGAAGCUACAACCAUUGCGGCUGGUUAGCCUAGCCUAGCAUAAAGACUGGAAGCAGCUAGCCAGGCUUUCUCAUAGGACAACAACAACAAUUUAAGUUACAAAUUAAAUCUUUUAAAUUAUAAGGAUUAGCUGCUAGGUGUACCAACUGAUAGAGCAAGGCUGACCAUUUUUUUGGGUACCUUUGGUUGGAGCCAGGCAAGCUGUUUCGUUUUUAUCAGUAUGUAUGCUAGGCUAAGCUAACAAGCUGCUGGCUCUAGCUGCACAUACAUGUGCAAGUGUGAGAGUGGUAUACAUUUUUUAAAUAAACCAGAUUCUGUCGGAUUGUUAUGUUGAGUACAUAACAAAAAAACAUUUAUUUAUAAUAGAGACAUCUAUGGCUAUGCUGUAGAACAAUUGUUACAGCAUAGCCAAAUGAAAAACAGCUGAAAACAGUCAUGUUUGCCACCAUUCAGUGUUGUUUCUGGGGCCUCUCCUACCCUAUAGGAUGUCUCUGUUCUGAUAAACUUGUUUCAGAAUCACUUAUUGAUAAGUUAAAGCAUCAAGCCAACACAACGUCCUUAUCAUCUUCACCUUGUCCUGAAUCUUGAGCAUGUUAGAAGAAAUUAAAUCUUUCUCUUGUGCCAAUUAGAAGCCGUGGGUCGAUGUUAAUCCAAAAGUUUAUCUCUGCUCUCCGUGUGCUUGUGUGAGGAAGUCUUUUAUCACAGGCGACACUUGUACUUGCAUGACCUUUGUACAUUGUAUGUUGUCUUUGCUCACCACAUUGUGCUGAUUUUCUCACACACAUGCUUUCACACACACACACACACACACACACACACACACACUCCGCUCCUCCUAUCUGUAGCACGGCAAAACAGUCGGUAUGGCAAACCUACUACGGGGCUUAAUAACUGAGUAUUGACAAAGUGGUGUAUUAUCUUUUUUGUUCAUCUUGUUAUUGACUGGAAAUGAGGCACAGAGUGUUUGUCUUGUCUCAAAGGGAAGCACACUGAUCUCAGUUAAAGGGUUUUUGUGGGCCUCAAAUGUUCUGUAUGCACAUGUGAGGCCCACAGCUGGUAAGAGAACAUGCAUCACUUAAAAACACCAUUAACUGUAAAAUCUAACAUAUCAUUGAAGGGAAUGAGGUUAGCUUUUAUCUUGAUGUCAUGUAAACUGUGCAUGAUUAGGUUUUUGUAUUUCUUUACUUGUUGACGUUUCAGUAUUGACAAUCAUCUCCCGUCGCAGAAAACCUGAACAAUAGUUUUGAUUUUGAUUGCACAACAAAUGGUAAUGGCAACGUAUUAGGACGUACGUUGUACUCUUAUUUUCUGUUAAAAGGAAUAAUUCACACACAAAAUGAUUAUUUGUAUAUCAAUGAAUCCCCCUGUGUUACCUUCUUGAAUAAACCUUUAUGUGUCUUGCAUGCCUCGACACAUUACAAAUAAUCAAAUAGCAAAGAUUCUUCUUGAUUAAUGAAAGUCAAUUGAGGCUGUACGCCAAAACUACAUCAAAUCAUCAAUUUAAUAACUUGUGAGUUGUGUGAGUGUUUGUUAAGAGAUAUUUAGACUCCAUUUACUUCCGUUCAUUAAGACAGUUUUCUCUAUUUAGAUUCUCCAUUCACUGUGGAUGCAGGCAUUACAAAUAGAGUAUUCUUCAACAAUACAAAGUAACACGUGGUGAGUAUUUGUUAUACAAACAAUAUAUAUAUUUUAAGGACAAGGUAUUCCUUUUAAUUGUCAUGUAAGGUGCCAUUUGACCAUGUGUGUCCAGUGUGUUGCUGAACAGUUUUACAGACAGCUGAUAUUAUCAUCUCAUCUGCACCACGUUCACCUUUUAAUGCUGAGUGUGCAAUACAUUAACACUACAUCUGUGCUCAUGUGCAAUGUGUUUAAAUGCAUAAGAAAGCAUAUCAUAUCUUUGAUGGCUCCACUAACGGUGACUGCUGCUUGAAUACUGAAUGUGCUAAACUUUCCUCUGAUACUGAACUUCUAACCACUCGAUAUCUGCCAUGUUAAAAAACUACUGACGCUUUUGUACAAAUAGUCUGAGGUGUAAUCUUUCUCUCUCCUGUUAUUAUGUAUGUGUUGCAUCCCUGAUUGGCGGCUUUCUAAAAGAGGGGAUAUCUCAUCAUUGUAUCCCUUUAUUUUAAACUCUGAAUGUGUUUGCUGGAUUGUGCCAGAAAUCUUCUAAACAAGAAUAAAUUGUUGAAAUGUGUAUAAGAAAUAAAGAAUAUAUUCAUUACAAAA